AUGUCUAAGGCGUACCUCGCGUCUAUUGGACUCGACGCGCACGUGCACGCAGAUUUCGGCUCAGGUCUGUGGGAUGGGAACCCCAUCGGCAUUCCCGUGAACCUCGUGAGCAGCUCCACGCCCACCACCUCGCCCACUUUCUACUACCCGGAUGAAAGCGACCCCGGGCCGUACCCCAUACCAGCUUCCCCGUUAGUGGAGGGGGGGUCGGACCACCACGUGCUGCUGGUGGACACGGACCAGUGCAUGCUGUACGAGAUAUAUGACUACUCGCAGCUCAACGACCAAGUGUCGGCAGGGAGUGGUGCUAUAUGGAAUCUAACGUCCAACAAGCUCAGACCCACGGGUUGGACCUCUGCUGAUGCUGCUGGCUUGCCGAUUCUCCCAGGUCUGGCCCGGUUUGAAGAGGUGCAGGCAGGUGCCAUCAGGCACGCGCUGCGGUUCACCGCAAGCAGCACACAGCGCAAGUACGUGUGGCCCGCACGGCACUACGCCAGUAGCAACACCGACCGCAGGCAGCCCCCCAUGGGCAUCCGCGUGCGGCUCAAGAAGUCCUUUGACACGUCCAAGUUUCCCCCACAAGCGCGCAUAGUCCUGAAAGCGCUCCAGACAUAUGGCAUGAUGCUAGCGGACAAUGGCUCACCGUGGGAGCUGGGGAAUCGAGGGCAGUGGCAGAAGACCCUCGCCUGCUUCAACUGGCUGCUCGAGAGUCCGCGGGUGAAGCGGGGCGGACGCGGAGGGGCGGGCGACUGGGCGAAGCUGGUGAGCACGACGAUUGCAGUGCUGGGCCGCCACGGCCAGGUGGACGCCGCUCGCCGCGUCUUUGACCGCGCCCGCGCCUUUGGCGUGCCGCCCAACGUCUACGCCUUCUCUGCACUCAUCAGCGCCUACGGGCGCAGUGGGCGCAGCACGGAUGCGCUGGCGCUGCUGCGCAGCAUGAGGGACGCGGGGUGCCGGCCCAACCUGGUCACGUACAACGCGGCUAUCGACGCCUGCGCCAAGGCUGGCGGCGCUGCCAGUGCGGGCGAGGCGGAGGUGGCGCGCGCAUGGGCGCUGGUGCACGAGAUGAAGGAGCUUGGCAUUGCUCCUGACCGGAUCACAUACAACUCGCUCAUGGCAGUGUGCAGCAGGGCAGGCCAGUGGCAGGAGGCGCUACGCGUCUUCGAACUCAUGGGACAGGAAGCCUGCGCUGCCGCCACCACUGCUGCACCUGCUGCUACUGCCAGUACCGCUGAUUCCACCGCUUCUGCUCCUGCAGCGUCAGCAGUAGCAGGUUCACGGGGCGGGAGGAAGGAGCAGCAGGGGCAGGGCGGGAGGCGGCGGGGGAAGGAAGGGGGCGAGGAGGAGGGGGCGGUGCCGUUGGUGCGGGACAUAUUCACGUUCAACACGCUCAUUGACGCGCUAUGCAAAGCCUCCCAGAUGGACGCUGCUGCCGCUGCCUUUGCCUCCAUGGCCCAGUCUGAUGUCACACCUAAUGUGGUGACGUUCAGCACGAUGAUAGACGGCUACCGCAAGGUGAACGACCUGUCCAGCGCCAUCAACAUGUUCCACACCAUGCAGCACGCGGGGGUGCGCCCCGACAGAGUGACGUACAACACACUCCUAGACAUCUACGGCAAGGCGGGCCGGCUGAACGAAGCCAUAGCAGUGGCACGCGAGAUGGAAGCAGCGGGGUGGCGUUUAGACGUGGUGGCCCACAACGCGCUGCUGGACGCGUACGGCAAGGCGGGGCGGUGUGACGAGGUGAUGCGGCUGUUCCACGCCAUGAAGCGCCAGGGGCUCACCCCCAACGUGCUCACACUGUCGGCCGUUGUCACUGCCCUGUCCCGCGCGGGAAGGCACCAGGAGGCCGCGGCGCUCUUCCAGCAGUACCGCGACAUGGGCCUCCAGGUGGACGUGGUGGUGUACAGUGCAAUCAUAGACGCGCAUGGCAAGCAGGGCAAGGUGGAGGAGGCAAUGAGCGUCUUCCGUCAGAUGCUGCACGACGGCGUACAGCCCAACGUGGUCACAUACAACUCGCUCAUUGAUGCCCUCGGCCGCUCCACCCAGGUCACGGCAUCUGCACAGCCAAGCGAGGCGCGGGGUAAGGGUGGCAAGAGGAGGGAGGAGGUCGGCGGGGCAAAGACACAGGAGCAGCAUGCAGAGGACGGGGAGGCUGAGGAGGAGGAGGAGGAGGAGGAGGAAGGGAGGAGGGAGGUGCGGUUAGAGGCAGCACUGCGCAUGUUCAGAGAGAUGAAGGCAGCGGGCGUUCGCCCCAAUGUUGUUACCUUCUCUGCCAUGCUGUCCACCUGCAGUCGUCUCUCCAACUGGCGUGACGCAGCCCUGCUCCUUCGCGAGAUGGGAUCCACGUUCGAAGCCCCUGCUGUCCCCGCCUCCACUGCCACCAACACCACAACGACAAAAAAAAGCACCUCCACUACUACUGCUGCCACUGCCACGGCUGCUGCAUUGGCUUCGGAGCCCUCUGCUGCUGCCGGGCAGGCUGCUCCCGGUGCUGCAAGCAGCAGUGAGGCGAGUGCAGGGGUGUACGUGCUUGCGGAGGCCAUGCUGCAUGGGUGCGUGCAUGCAGAUGGGGAGAGCGAGGAGGACGAGACAGACAAGGAGAGCCACAGCAGCAGCAGCAGCAGCAGCAGUAGUAGCAGCAGCAGCAGUGGUGGUGCGGGUGGGGAGGUGGUGCAGGGAGUGCGGGUGUUGUCACGGGGUGAAGUGCAGCAGCUGUUUGCAGCGGUGGCAGCUCUGGACUCGUCCACUUCCAUUGCCUUCUUCAACGCUCUCAACGACCUGCUCUGGCGAUUCAACCAGAGGGCGCAAGCAGUGAGGGUGACGCGGGGAGCGCGGCGAGUGGGGGUGUACGAGGGGGCGGUGUGGAGCAAGGCGGAGGCGCAGGAGUGGGUGUUGGACCUGCACCUCAUGUCUGUCGGCGCUGCCAUGGCCAUGCUGCACCUCUGGCUGCUCGAUCUACAGCGCCUCGUGCUCUCCUCCUCUCACUCUGCUGGAUCCGCCUCCUCUGCUGUCGCUGCUACCAGUGCCAGCACUGCCACCAGCAGUAGCGGUGGUAGCGGCAGUGGUAGCAGUAACAGCACUAACCCUCUACCCCGACUUCUUAAGUAA